AUGGUGUUUUUUAUAUUUCUUGUGCUCCACACAUGCAUCCCAUUCCCCAAUCGACAUCCAGAACCUCCUAUAUUCACACUAAAGCCACUCGAGUACUACCAGAAACCUAUAGGCAGUGAAGUGGUGAUGGCGUGCGAUGGCGUCGGGAACCCAAAGCCGGUCAUCACGUGGAGGAAAAUUUGUUUCGAUUAUCACAAGAAAAUCGAUUUUGCAUUAAAAGGGAUGAAUGAAGGCUGGGAUGAAGUGCACGGUAGAGGACAUACAUCUUAUUGUUAA